CUUGAAAACCACUAACAGAGUAACAACAGCUUUCAGCACCUGGUAUUUUCCCAUUCUUUGGGCAUUUCAUUAGCCUCUUAACUUUAGCAUUUCAAAGCUUCCUAUAUAUAACAACCUCCUUCACUCUUCUUCAUCAACCAACCAAAACACAAGAAUCAAUUUCCUUUGUCAUCUAAAAAGCAAGCAAAAGACUUCAAGAAUCAAUAUUAAUCAAGAUGAGUUCAACAAGUAGAGCAUGGGUAGCAGCAGGCAGUGUUGCAGUUGUUGAAGCAUUGAAAGAUCAAGGAAUAUGCAGAUGGAAUCUUACCCUAAAGUCACUUCAAAAUCAUUUUAAAAACAAUGUGAGAUCGUUUUCCCAAGCAAAGAAACUUUCAUCCUCUUUUUCUUCUUCUUCUUCUUCUUCUUCUGCUAUGGUUUCUAUUUCUAAGAGACAAAAAGAGAAUGCAAAGCAAUCGGAGGAAUCUUUGAGGAAGGUCAUGUACUUGAGUUGCUGGGGUCCCAAUUAAUUAGAGGAGAUCAUAGAACUAAUUUUUAACUCUAUUAUUUGAUCUUUCUUCAUGUAUAAUGUAUUGCACAAUAUUUGAAAGAGAUUAAUGUAAAUUAUGAUGAAUUGAUGAAGAUAGCAACCUUGAAUUUCUCUGAAAUUCAGGAUUAUUCUU